CCCUACCCAUCAGCCCCCGCGUUCGCUGCCAACUGGCACUGUCAGUCUGUCGCUCUGUCGUCAUCAUGCCGCGGCGAAAGGCGCUCAGAGCCCAGAGCCACGCCUUCUAGGCGCGCUUCCUUGGAUACCUGGCGGCCUGUGGCCUCAGGUAACCAUGGAGAAGGAGCUGCGGAGUACCAUUCUUUUCAAUGCAUAUAAAAAGGAGGUGUUUACCACCAACACUGGUUACAAAUCUUUGCAGAAAAGACUUCGGAGUAAUUGGAAGAUUCAGAGCUUAAAAGAUGAAAUCACAUCUGAGAAGUUAAUUGGGGUGAAACUAUGGAUUACAGCUGGACCAAGGGAAAAAUUUACGGCAGCUGAGUUUGAAGUCCUUAAGAAGUACCUUGACAGUGGUGGGGAUAUCCUUGUGAUGCUGGGAGAAGGUGGAGAAUCCAGAUUUGAUACCAAUAUUAACUUUCUUCUAGAAGAAUAUGGAAUCAUGGUUAAUAAUGAUGCUGUGGUUAGAAAUGUAUAUUACAAGUAUUUCCAUCCUAAGGAAGCUCUGGUUUCAGAUGGAGUGUUGAACAGGGAAAUUAGCCGAGCUGCAGGAAAGGCUGUGCCUGGAAUCAUCGAUGAGGAGAGCAAUGGGAACAAUGCCCAGGCUCUCACCUUUGUCUACCCUUUUGGUGCCACGUUGAGUGUCAUGAAACCAGCCAUGGCUGUUCUGUCUACAGGCUCUGUCUGCUUCCCACUGAACAGACCCAUUCUGGCUUUCUAUCACUCAAAGAACCAAGGUGGGAAGCUGGCAGUUCUUGGCUCGUGUCACAUGUUCAGUGACCAAUAUUUGGAUAAAGAAGAAAAUAGUAAAAUUAUGGAUGUUUUGUUCCAGUGGCUCACGACAGGAGACAUUCACCUAAACCAGAUUGAUGCUGAGGACCCAGAGAUUUCCGACUACACAAUGGUACCAGACACAGCUACCCUUUCAGAACAGCUCCGAGUGUGUCUUCAGGAAGGCGAUGAGAACCCUCGUGACUUUACCACCCUCUUUGACUUGUCCAUUUACCAGCUGGAUACAACCUGCCUCCCCAAGGUCAUCAAGGCUCAUGAGGAGCUAAACGUGAAACAUGAACCACUCCAGCUCGUCCAACCUCAGUUUGAGAUGCCAUUGCCAGCCCUUCAGCCUGCGGUCUUCCCUCCUAGUUUCCGGGAGUUGCCGCCCCCUCCUCUGGAGCUGUUUGAUUUAGAUGAAACGUUCUCCUCUGAGAAGGCGCGUCUUGCUCAGAUCACCAACAAGUGUACUGACGAAGACCUGGAAUUCUAUGUCAGAAAGUGUGGUGACAUUCUUGGAGUAACCAGUAAACUCCCCAAGGAUCAGCAGGAUGCCAAACAUAUCCUUGAGCACAUCUUCUUCCAAGUGGUGGAGUUCAAGAAACUGAACCAGGAGGCCCACUGACAUGGCAGCCUUCAGGUGACAGCACCCAUGUAGACUGUUAACAGCAUUCAUUUGCUCCACAAGUACCUACCAAGUGUCUACAGAUGAACAUAUGAUGACCCUUUGAAAAUGGAACUUCUGUUCUAGCUGGAGGAUCCCAGCAAAUGGUAGCAGAGUGUAUAAGCAAGCACUUAGUGGGCUAGAGGAUGGUAAGUGCUGUGGUGUGGAAAAAAUAGUUAGGCCGGAGGGAUCCAGUGGGCCAGCAUUCAGUAGAGUGAGCAGAGUUGACCCGGUACACAUGGAUGCCAGAGUCUGGGGUGCUGUUUGUGCCAGAGCCUUCAGCUCUGUGGGCAGUGGGCAGAAUCCCCCAUCCCGGAGUUGUGAAAACUUCAUCCUUGAGUUAGAAUCAACCAUCAAGCCAGCUAAUUACUACUGGUCCCAACAAAUGGUGAUUCCAAAUUCAAGUUAAUGUUCAAAAUACCAAAGAGUUCCUAUUUCAGGCUCUGUACUGAAAUAAAAUGAAAUUCUUUGUUUAUUGUCUCGUCCUGGAACAUGAUAUUGAUACAAGUGGAAUGACAUCCAGGACUUGUGGGGCCUGUGCUCUUGAAGCAUCUUCUCACUGCAGACUCUGUGGUUUUGAAUUCACCCUCCCUGCCAAAAUGUCCGUACUUGGUUUUCUCUGAGCUGUGGGAGGGUUGUGCAUCCUCUGUUAUGCCCAGAUGGAAGAGAUGAUUCAUUUGCUGGAAUUAAAUCUAUGAUUGAACUUUUAUAAUUUA